CAAUGAAUGUCAAAAUGAUGUCAAAACAAAACGUCAGACAACAAAAUCUACGAAAAAUUCUGGACUAAUUCGAUCGGGACACGUGUACAAAGCUGCAGUUUGCUUAGAAUUACAUCAGGAAUAUUUAUUUAUCAAACCACAAUUCCUAAAACAGCGAGUCACUCCAGAAUAUCUCGCGUAACCUAUUGUGUUGCGUUAUCUAGCACCGGUGUAGAUAAGCCGUAUAUUUGUUUUUAGCACAAUAACAUAAAAUAAUUGGCGUUAAAUAAAAUAUACAAUGACGGAAUUUAGAGACUGGUAUUAUGGGAUACCCUUCUUCACCCGUUACUGGUUAUCUUUAACUGUUGGACUCAGUAUAUUAGCCAAAUUUAAUCUUCUCGACUUCAGGUAUUUAAUUUUGGAUAUUGGCGCCUUCAUCAACAGAUUCCAUUUAUGGCGGCCAGCAACAGCACUAUUCUACUAUCCCAUCACACCAUCAACGGGGUUCCACUUCCUCGUGAACUGUUACUUCCUGUACAGUUAUUCCGAGCGGCUGGAGACCGGCAUCUUCGCUGGCAAGCCGGCUGACUACUUUACCAUGCUACUCUUUAAUUGGCUAGUCUGCAUUGGUAUUGGAAUUUUGGUUGGAUUAAGUUACGUAAUGGACCCCAUGGUGAUCUCGGUGCUGUACGUGUGGUGCCAGCUGAACAAGGACGUGAUUGUAUCCUUCUGGUUCGGGACGCGGUUCCGCGCCAUGUUCCUGCCGUGGGUGCUGCUCGCGUUCAACGUUAUCGUCAACGGAGGUGGCGUUGAAGAGUUCCUGGGCAUCCUGGUGGGCCACCUGGCCUUCUUCCUGAUCUUCAAGUACCCGCAGGAGUUCGGCGGACCCGCAUUACUUACACCACCUGCUAUUCUCAAGAAGUAUUUCCCUGACUUCCGUCGCCCGAACAACUUCGGCCCUGCAGCAGCGGCACCAACCAGGGCCCCCGUCCCCGAAGGGCACCAGUGGGGCCGCGGGCAGACCCUAGGAGGCCUCUGAAUACACAAACUACCCUUUAGCCAUCUUACCACCACUUGCACCAUCCCAGGGUUAAGCGGUUAAACCGUUAACCUAGUGUCAAAUUGUACUGGUAACCUUGGUAACUGCAGGUUUAACCGGUUAACCCCGGGUUAGUGGAAUGGUGCAGGUGGCCCUUAGUAUAUUAAACUGGGAGAAACAACUUCUUCCUUCCGUCAGGCGUGGCUCACUCCGCGAUUUCGUCGCUUUGCUACAGGUAGCUAAAAGUACAUCCGUUCGGCCCCAAUUUUGGGGUUUGCCAUAAGCCGCGCGUCGCGCUGUCGCCACCUAGCGGCCAUAUCUGUGCUGAUCGUAACAGACGCGUUUUGUUAGAGAGUGAGUCUUCUGUACUUAGUACUAUUAUUUAUUCUGUGCUCGCGUUAUCCCGGCAUUUUGCCACGGCUCAUGGGAGCCUGGGGUCCGCUUUGACAACUAAUCCCAUGAUUUGACGUAGGACGUGGGAUUAGUCCGGUUUCCUCACGAUGUUUUCCUUCACCGAAAAGCAACUGGUAAAUAACAAAUGAUAUUUCGUACAUAAGUUCCGAAAAAGUCAUUGGUACGAGCCCGGGUUUGAACCCGCGACCUCCGGAUUGAAAGUCGCAAACUGGGAGAAACAAUAUCAGUGGAAUAUUAAUCACCAGCCAUACUGCGUAGUAACUUACAUAGUAAUAGGUCUUACAAACAACUUUUACAAAAUGAUCAAUGCUGAAAUCGCGAUCGAAAGGCUCUUUCAUACAUUCCGGCGGAUGUGAUGCCGUUGAUUUCUAUGCGACUGUAUUUUUUUUUCGCGAUUUCAGCAUUGGUCCGAUGCUAAAAAUAUGACCUAUAAGUCACUACGCAGAGUAUGGCUGGUGAUUGGAAUUUCACCCUGAAUGUACGUUAUUUUUUAGAUAGUGUUGUGUGAUUGAUGUUACAUGUGUGUUUAGAUUAAAGGCCUGUGCACACCGGCUUGCGU